AUGACAAACAUAUUUCCCACAAAUCAUUUCAAGUUUAAUAAUAUAUCAGAUACGGACAAAAUGACAAGUCGUUCUAGUGAGGGAGAUUAUGGUAGUGAAUCUGAACACCAUCGACACAAUCACUCCAAAGCACCACAUCCCGUCAAUAAUGUGGAUGACUAUGCAUUUACACAAUCCCUUUUUGACCACUACCAUAUCAAGCCUCAUGUAAUGAACCAUGUUCAAACAAAGGCUGAUAUUAAUACAGGGCUCAAUCAUGAUUCUGGAAAUUAUGAAUUUGAUAGUGGGAGGUCCGGAUUUGAUGAUAACUAUUCAAGCAAUCAUUCAUUCAACUCAUCGGGAUUUUCAUCUGGCAAGCCGGAUGAAAACCUGACCAAUAUGAACUAUUUUGAAUACAACACCUCUACCCCAUCCACGGGGUAUGAUGCCCAUCCAAGAAGAAGUAUCCAUGUGUUGGAGCGAGCCUCUCAAAAUCCAGUCAUCCAAGAGCCAAAUUCAAACCGUAAUUCAAUACCCAGUUCUAGUGCAAAUAUAAAUCCUAAUGCGAACCAUAAUGAUCACUUGUCAGAAGACGAAGUUGUGCGACCCACCUCACAUCCCGUUGGCAUGGAGAAAUCAUCGAGGGAAUCUACAUCUAAAUCUGAUACACUUAGUAAUGAAGAAUUUAAUACUUAUUUUGAUUUCACUAAUUCUGACUUUCAGGAUUAUAAUAAUAAUCAUAAUGUCGAUCAUAUUGAAGAGUACAAAAGACGUGUUAAUAUAGAAAACCCAGUUGCUGAAAAAUUAAUCAACAAGCCUGCUGAAGUGACUCCAAAGUCAGAUGAUGUAAAAUCUUCCAAACGAAGUAAGAAUCCUGGAUUUCAUAUACCUUUAGACAACAUCAAUAGCAAUCCGAUGGCAUCCAACAAAUUUUCAGCAUUCAUAUCUUCAUCUCACUCAGAUUCAAACUUCCAUAAUUACUUCGAUGCACCUCCAACAUUUGAAUCAGACUUCGAGGUAAUCAACAAUAACAAUCCGAACUCAGUUAUCACUCCAUCUAUGAAUCCAGCUAUCUCUGAUGCUCAUGGAUAUUUCGGUUUAAGUGCCACCCCAACCAUACUUGCUCAGAAGAAAGAGACAUCUCCUAGUAAUGAUUUAGAUAACUCAACAGUUGACCGGCAGUUGUACGAAUCUUAUCUUUUGGCCAAUGAGCUUAACUCCGCGGGCGACGCAACAGGUGAAAGGUUUCACCCUGAUCUUAGGGGCUUUAACUUUGACGUAAACCCUAGAAGUGAACCUCCAGAGCGAGAAGAAAGCUUCAAACCACUUGCAUUUGAGCCUUUAAAUCCAAGCACAACUUUCGAAGAGCUGGAAAAGGAGGGAAAUGAAUCAGACAGGGAUAAAUCAAAAGUUCUGUAUUUGAAUCUCACGAGGCCUGGUUUUCAACGUGAAAAUUCAAAUCAGAGUCUCUCUAGUGUUGGUUCCGCCCCCGGUUCAAAGGAUAAGCCGAAGAAAAAGAAAGCACCCAAAGGAGCUAUCUGCUCUGUAUGCGACAAAUACAUAAGCAGGGACUUGACGAGGCAUAUGAGAAUACACAAUGACGUUGGAAGAUUUCAAUGUGUAUAUCCUAAAUUCAUGUGCAAUCAUAAAACACAAUAUUUCAAUAGACCCUAUGAUUACAAGAAACAUUUACUACACAUGCACUUUAAGUUUGAUGAUCCUAGGGGAAAGACUGCUAACACGUUGACUGAUAAGUUGCCAAUGAUGGGAACUUGCCAGGCUUGUGGAGCCAGAUUUAUGGCUAACGACUGGCUCGAUCUGCAUGUUUUGACCAAUGAUUCAUCCAAAAAAUGCUCAUUCGUUGAAAGUAAGUAA